AUGAUGGGUUCCAAGGCUUUUCUAUUUCUUGGCAUUUUUUUGGCUAUUUUUGCAAUGAUAAGCUCCGAGACCUUAAUGAAAUUGGAUGACAAAAAUGAUGAACACCACGAUGGAUAUAAUGGCAUUGGUGGAUAUUUUGGUGAUGGACAUGGUGAAUACAAUAGUGGAUAUAAGCCUCGAGGUGGUGGAAAUAAACCUCCACACGAGGGAUAUAACCCUCCAAGUGGCGAAUACAAUUCUCCACAUGACAAAUAUAAACCUCCGAGUGGCGAAUACAAACCUCCAAGUGGUGAAUAUAAACCUCCUAGUAACGAGUAUAAACCUCCAAGUGGCAAAUAUAACCCUCCACAUGACAAAUAUAAACCUCCUAGUGAUGAAUACAAACCUCCAGGUGACAAAUAUAAUCCCCCACAUGAUAAAUAUAACCCCCCUAGUGACGAAUACAAACCUCCAGGUGACAAAUAUAAACCCCCUAGUAACGAAUACAAAUCUCCAGGUGACAAGUAUAACCCCCCACAUGAUAAAUAUAAAUCCCCUAGUGAUGAGUACAAACCUCCAAGUGACAAAUAUAAACCUCCUAGUGAUGAAUACAAACCUCCAGGUGACAAAUAUAACCCCCCACAUGACAAAUAUAAAUCCCCUAGUGACGAAUACAAACCUCCGGGUGACAAACAUAAACCCCCUACUAACGAAUACAAACCUCCAGGUGACAAGUAUAACCCCCCACAUGAUAAAUAUAAACCUCCUAGUGAUGAAUACAAACCUCCAGGUGACAAAUAUAACCCCCCACAUGACAAAUAUAAACCCCCUAGUGACGAAUCCAAACCUCCAGGUGACAAAUAUAAACCCCCUAGUAACGAAUACAACCCUCCAGGUGACAAGUAUAACCCCCCACAUGAUAAAUAUAAACCCCCUAGUGACGAGUACAAACCUCCAAGUGACAAAUAUAACCCCCCACAUGACAAAUACAAAUCCCCUAGUGACAAAUACAAACCUCCAAGUGGCAAAUAUAACCCUCCACAUGACAAAUAUAAACCUCCUAGUUAUGAAUACAAACCUCCAGGUGACAAAUAUAACCCUCCACAUGACAAAUAUAAACCCCCUAGUAACGAAUACAAACCUCCAGGUGACAAAUAUAACCCCCCACAUGACAAAUACAAACCCCCUAGUGAUGAAUACAAAUCUCCAGGUAACAAGUAUAACUCCCCACAUGACAAAUAUAAAUCCCCUAGUGACGAAUACAAAUCUCCAGGUGACAAAUAUAACCCUCCACAUGACAAAUAUAAAUCCCCUAGUGAUGAAUACAAAUCUCCAGGUGGCAAAUAUAAUCCCCCACAUGACAAAUAUAAACCCCCUAAUGACGAAUACAAACCUCCAAGUGGUGGAUACAACCCUCCAAAUGGUGGCCAUGAGUAA